AUGGAGAUCUUUGAGAAGGAUGUACGCAGCGACCACGUCGUUCCCAUCUACGUCAUCAACCUUCUGGUUACUGACCUCAUCCAGCUCUGCUGCAUGAUCUGUGAUGUGGUCCAUCCUCACCGCCCCAUGAUAUACCUUGCCUACGUUAGUGUUUACAACUACAGUCUUAUGACCAGUGUGGGCUUCAUGGUGUGCAUCGCCCUGGAAAGGUACCUGCUGAUCGUCUUCCCCCUGUGGUACCGCUGCAGACGAACCAUCCGGUCCACCGUGGUGAUCUGUGUCCUGGCCUGGGUCCUUCCUUCUCUCUACCUUUUCACUCUAUUUUUUGUUGGUAACUUCAACGUCCCCCAAAUGAUUGCCAUUGUCUUCCUGCUCCUUCCCCUCCCACUGCUCUUGUUCUUCUGCUGUGCGACUCUCAGAGCCCUGUCUGCCUCCGUCUCCGUCCUGCCUGACGAAAAACAACGAAUUGUAGGAACUUUGGUCCUGGUUCUGCUAAUUUACAUGCUGCUGUUCCUGCCCAACAUCAUUUUGAUAAUGGUAGUGAGAUACACAAAAGACCGAUCACUAACUAAAACUCUCUUCUACGUGUCUUCGGUGUUUCUUAAGCUGAAUCCUCUUGUAGACAUGGUUCUGUAUAUCUUCAUGAAGAAAGGGGCCCUAGACAAGAUCUUGUCCUCUGUGCGUUGCUGCAGAGUAGAAGACAGAGGUCUCAGGAGUCUGGAAAACAACGGUGUGAACUAG